GGCCCUGCCGCGUCAGACGGCCCCACCUCGCAGGCUCCGCCCCGGGAGCGCCGCCGGGCUGGGCUGGCUGGUUCCACAAGUUUGACAGUUUGGGCGAAGGUGGCAGCGGAGCCGUCUCUGCCGGGACUUUUCUGGGGCGGCGGCCGGGCGGAGAGCGGGGCUCCGAGUGAGGGGCAGCGGAGCAGCUCCCCGAGGAGAAAGUUUUUUCCCGCCGGCCCCCUCGGCCUCUCUGCCGGAUUCUCCGGAGCCGCCGCUGCCGCCGCCGUCCCGUCUCUCCUGCCUGAGGCGCUGCCGCCGUGUCCGGGGCCACGAUGUCUCGGGAUCCCGAAGAGGUGAACAAGCUGACAGAGAGCACCUACAAGAAUGUUAUGGAACAGUUCAAUCCUGGGCUACGGAAUGUAAUAAACCUGGGGAAAAAUUAUGAAAAAGCUGUUAAUGCUAUGAUACUGGCUGGAAGAGCAUAUUAUGAUGGUGUUGCAAAGAUUGGAGAAAUAGCAACUGCAUCUCCAGUUUCUAAAGAAUUGGGACAUGUCCUUAUAGAUAUUUCAAGCACAAACAAGAUACUUAAUGACAGCCUCGAGGAAAGUUUCAAAAAAUUUCAUAAAGAGAUUAUAUCUGAACUGGAGAAGAAAACGGAACUGGAUGUAAAAUAUAUGAAUGCAACUUUAAAGCGAUACCAAACAGAACACAGAAGCAAGUUAGAUUCAUUGGAAAAAUCUCAGGCUGAGCUGAAAAAAAUCAAAAGGAAAAGUCAAGGUGGAAGAAACGCAAUGAAAUAUGAGAAUAAAGAAUUUGAGUAUUUGGAAACUGUGAGUUCUCGACAAAGUGAUAUUCAAAGAUUUAUUGCUGAAGGUUGCAGAGAAGCUCUACUUGAAGAAAAAAGAAGAUUCUGUUUUCUGGUUGACAAGCACUGCAGUUUAACUCAGCACAUGCACUUCUAUCAUAAACAGUGUGCAGAUUUACUUAACUCCAAGUUGCCUGGAUGGCAGGAAAUGUGUAGUGAUGCCACAAAAGUGCCAGAAAAAGUUAUGAAUAUGAUAGAAGAUAUGAAGACGCCUGGUUCCACUCCAAUCUCAGGAACUCCACAACCUUCACCAGUGACAGAGAGAAAUAGUAUGGUUGGAAGAGUGCCCCCUGCUCCUACAGUUAGAGCAUUUACUAGUCCUUUAGUUGACAUGUUUAACAAUCCACCAGCAGUUCCAAAGGUGCCUUCGGAAAGAUUAAAUAAUUCAGCAGGUAAUUCAGAUGAUGCCAGUUUAUCACGUUCAACUUCUGUUGCCACAGGACUGAACAUAAUGAAAAGGCAGAAAGUAAAAACUAUCUUUCCACAUACGGCUGGAACUAACAAGACAUUACUUAGCUUUGCACAGGGAGAUGUCAUCACACUUCUUAUAGCUGAAGAAAAGGAUGGCUGGCUUUAUGGGGAACAUGACAUGACUAAAGUAAAAGGAUGGUUUCCAUCAUCAUACACAAAGCUACUGGAAGAGCCAAGUGAUGAAACAGUACAUGUUCCAGUGCGAAGCGCUGCACCAAUCAGAAGUAUCAGUUCUAUAAAUCUAGCAGAUAAAGGUGGUGUUGUCCUCCCCCCACCAGAUUAUCUGGGAACUUUGCAAACAGGCACAACUUCAGAUAUGAGAGUAGAUUCUUCCAAAGGUACUACUGUUAAAGCACCUGUGACCAGACCAGAAAGCACAACUCCUAAACCUGUUAUAAAUGGCAUUAUAAAACCACCUUUCCUAAGCGGAGAAAAUCCUUUUACCACUGUGAAACUCCGACCAACAGUAACAAAUGACAGAUCAGCACCAAUAAUUCGAUGAAUAUAAUAUUCAUGAAAAUAUUUUUACUCCUGUAAACACUAUGUUCAGCAAUAUGAUUUACAAAGGCUGUUUAUUUAAAUGUAAUUAGUGUACAGUAGGAGAAUAUUGGAGUGGAUUUCUGAUUUUAACAAUCCAUCUGCUUUCUAAAUGAGGUAAUUGCUCUGGGUUAAAAUGUUUGAGAAUUUUGGCUUGAUUUUACACUACAUGCCUUUUUUAGGAAGAAAGACAGUUGUGAAAGUAUGGGGGAAGUUUGAAUACUGUAGUUACCUGCAUACUUAAUAUUUUAUCAAAAUGCUCUCUCUCUGUUGUAUGGAAAAUACCAUGGAUAAGUUUGUGCUUAAGUCUGCAUGUAUUGUUUAGUAGAUAUAUAAAAGAAAAAAAACUGAUUUUUUUUUAAUAAAAGGAACAAUGCAACUGUUGCCUUAAUACUAAGAGUAGAAGUUUGACUGUAUAAAAUGAUUAUGUAUUGCAUUGUAUUGUUUAAGAUAUAUGCCUUAGGUUAUAAAUAUUUAUCCUCUAAGAGCUUAGACAAAUGUAGUAUGCUUUGCUUGAUGUUAAAAUGCAAAUUAUUUGAUCUGAAGUGUCAGCAUAAAGCUACUAAAAUUAUACAAAGUCUGACUUUUAGUUCAGUAAUGUUCUACUCUGAAAAAGGAGUAUUAUUGUUCUAAUGAAAUAACUAUUUAAAGUGUGUGGGGGGACACCCAUUUGCAAUACAGUACUAUCCUUAAGAGGACCAUGUCUACUGAAAUUUGUCAAAAACUUGUUUUAUAAAAAAAAAUUAAACAAUUUUGCCACAAUUUUUCUUCAAAUUCCAGUGCAAACAGUUGUCUUUAAACAACCUUUCCCCCUGUGUAUCCCAAAGAUUGCAGCACUCAGAAACUGACAACUUACUUUUGUCCAUAAUUAGAGAAAUGUGAAAAGUAAAUUGGAUUUUUUAAUUUUUUGUAAUAAACCUAAGUGAUGGUAGUAAUAUAAGUAAACAUUGUGUUGCCUAUAGCUAAGUAAACAGUGCCCCUUUAAGUCACAGAAAUUCAGUUAUCUUGUCCAUCCCCCUGCCACUGCAGGAUUGUUCUGAACAUUGUAUUUAAAGGGGUAUUAUAUUGUUAUAUUUAAUAGCAAUGUUACAGGCUUGGUGGUCUGACCACAGAAAACUGAGUUCUAAUCAUGGUGAUACUGAUACUUUGAGCCCCUAAAUCCUCACCUGUGCCUAUCACCCUACUGCCCCAGAGUCUAAUCUCCUAAAAGAGGCAGAGUUGGGCCUUCUCAUUUCCGGUAAGUAAUGACCAAGGAAAAACCCUGGUGCUGAAAGGCCAGUAGCCACCUACUGAAUGGUGUGUUUCACUCUAACUCUGUUGACCCAGUGAUCCACCACAGUUCUAAGCAGCACAGUACUGUCAAGUUGCCAUUUCCCAGAUAUGUAAAACACAGAUUUGACUACUUUUGGUCAUUAAAAUCCCAUUGUAUGUUUUGCAAGAGUAGGGAAAUCUGCACCAGGGUACUGGUCCAAUUCUAACUUGAGUAUUACAUUUUGCUUUGUGUUACUGCAAGAGGAAUGUAGGAUCACUUGGAUACUAUGUUUCAUCACUCCCUUUGAGAAAUUGGUAUGUAUUGUUUCUGUAGGCUGUAAAUAGCUAAAAUUUCAGAGUUAGGUAAAGUAAUUCUUAUAUCUAGUUUGUAAAGUGCUUUGCAAUCCUUCAGCAUUAAAAGCGCUAUACAAAUGUAAGAUGAUGGAUUUGUCCUCAUGGAUAUUCGCUCUACCUUGAAAAGGUCUGGUACAGUGAUCUGGAAAGAGAUUUGUAUAAAAAGCUGUCUAACUUUGAAACAAUAAGUAAUUAUUUGAAAAGUCUGAGGGAAACUGGCAGAAAAGUAAAACAAACACCAGAAACUGCCCUGUCUGAUCAUAGCCAAUAGGCAAAUAUUUCAGCAGAUGUAAAGCUGCUGUGCUGCACCAAAUUCUGCAAUAUUAGACCAUAGUCUGACUCCCUAACCAUACGAUAAUCCACUUAUGUCAUAGCACUUGAAAAACCAUUGGCCCACAUGAACAUUUUAAAGCUUUGUUAAUCAUCAGCCUUAUCCUUUUAUCUCUGACCCUCACUUGUGACCUAGACGGUUGCAGAAUCAAGCUCUUGCCGAACAUUGACAAUGUAUUUUUGUACAAAGGUGGCCCUGCAUCAUCUCUGGUGUCUGUCUGUAGGUAGUUACAUCUUCUGUAAUUUUUCAAAAAGAAGGGGCUAACGUGGAUGUCCUGACCAAUGCUCUCACUCUACCUCUGAGUAUUGGUAAAGGCCCUCUGCUAGCAUUAACAGUUAGAGCUUGCAUAAUCAUUGCCACCACACUCUAGUUAAUUGUGAAACACUUUGGAAUUUGUGGAGUACAGAGUACUUUAUAAAAAGUAUAGUUUUGUAAAUAUUGAACAUGUCUAUUCCCUGUGUCCAUUUCUCAGAAAUGGUUAAAUUAUAUAAGAAAAAGCAAACAACUUAAUGGAAGUAAGCUUCAGUGAUCUGUUUUAAUACUCAGUUGGUGGUCUUAAAAAGUUAUGGAUGCAACAGUGUAUUUCAUGGGCCUAAACAAUGACUGUAUGUUAAUAAGCAAGAGAAUGCACUGCCUGCAGGGAUUAUGGAUUUCAGGCACCAAAUAAAAUACAGUACUGAAUAGCCACUACACUUUUAAAAUAGCUUACAUUUUUAUCAAGUGCAACACAGUAGGGGUAGCUUUAGUUGCUCAAUCAGAUAGUCAGCUUGAUGAAGUACACUCCGACAUUAGCGCUUCUGCCUUGGAAAAUACAUCACUGUAGAAGCCUCCUAUUAAAAUCUGGUCCAUUAACUCCUUUCCCACUAAUGCAAGAUUUUUCUGUAGUUACUUAGAAUAUUGUGAAGUCUGGUGUUCAGUGUCUAACAGGAAGAAAACCAGGAAAGGGUUAAGGGCUGCCUGCCUGUCACAUGAUUCAGCAGAGGUUUAAAGCAAAAGGUGAAUCCUCCUUUUUCCAUGGCAGAGAGGUACAAGGGGAAAGCCUCAGAGGCCCUACAGCCUGGUUUGGUCAGAGAAAUAGCUUUGUUAUAAGUUACUUUGAGUUUUGUGUCAAAUAAAUUUGUGCCCUGAGACAAGGGCCUAGAAGAUUUUGGUGUAAGCGAUGGUUCUUUGCUGGGCUGGGAGAGAGCCCAAUAGCUUCGUGUCCAGAGUAGCUGUGUCCUCUACCUACACCUGAAAGAUGUCUGUCAAACUGUUGAGGGAAGUUUAAUCUUAGCCCAUUACUCUACAUGAGACCUCAUUCUAUAAGUAGCAGUACCUCUAGUAGUAAUUCUUAAUGUGUUUAUUUUUUAUAGUUGUAAUUCUUCCCCCCAUUUCUUAGCCAAAGUACAUCUGACAUUCAGGAAAGAUUAAAAUGAGUCUCUGGCUCUGAUUUUAUUACUCCUCCUGAGCUGCAUGUUUAGCUAUGAGGAACUCACAAUUUAAUAGUAAGACUCCACUAUUUGCCUCUGCAGCCAAAAAUUGCAAUGCUACUUAAUAUUGUAGCAAAAAGCAGGUGUCAGACCUAGGUAUCUCAGCAUUUCUUUACAGUUUAUCUUCCCAUUGUUUGAUUAUUCUUCUAAAAAAGAAAAAUGCAAGCUAAAAUUUAAUCUGAUUUGUUACUUUCCACUCAUGUUUCUAAUCUGUCUUGUUUCCUUGAUAUUAUUUGUCGUUCCUCCUCCCCACUGAACUUCAGGCGACUCUUGAAAUCAGUCGGAGCAUUUCCAUUGGACUUCAAGGGCUUUGGAUCAAGCACUGAGAAUUUUUAUUUCUUCAUCAGUCAUAUCAAUGAGGUUAUUAAAUAAGACCUGAUGCUUUUUCCACUUUGUUACCUUACAUUUAUUGCCCCAGCUAUUUCAGUCCAACUGCCAGUCUUGCUUAGCAAGCCAAUGAAAAUUGCAAGAUUGAGCCAAUAUCAAGUUACAAACAACCAUUUUUCAGAGAUUAAAAUAGGUCAGAUCAUGCCAGAUAAGCUUUUUGACAGGUUAGGUUAUGUAUUUCUAAAAAUCAGUGCCAUUAGUUUCAUACCAUACUUAAUGAAUCCAUUUACUGCUGUAUUAUCUCUACCUCAAUAUUUGUGAAUAUCCAUUCUGUUACUCAUGUCUAACAGAUUUUGUUUACAAGAAGUAGAAAAAAGAAAGUAUUCUAAGAGACUUCAGGUCUUUGAAGUGAGAAAGUACAACAGCAUAUUUUAUGGUGUCUUGAACUUCCCCAGAAUUUUCCAACUUGUGCAUGUUAGUGUCUCUCUACAUAUCUUAACUUCCUGAAAUAAGUUUCUAGUACUGCUGUAUCCUGUGGAGCAUAUAGUCAGAGCUAGUCAAAACAAAAUUAAAAAAAACAUGAUUUGAGACUUCAAGAAGUUUGGACCAGCUCUAUAGUUGGUCAAAAAAUGCAAGAAGUUGACAUGAGAAUUAGUCUUUCCCUCAACUCCCUUCAAAAUUUGAAAAAAUGUUGACCAGCACUGGUCCUCAGUCCCAACCUGCCCCAAUAUUCUCCAUAACAAUAGAUCACUUCUAUGGUUAGAAUCGCUACUUUUAGAUUUCUUACUUUAAACCUCUGGAAUGUCACAACACUGCAGUUAGUAUGAUUGUAUGCAUACAAAGUUUAUGGUUUUUAAUCUGCCUAUUAACACCGAGGACAUUAAGUGAUUAAAAAAAGUUAAACAAGGUACAUGGUGAAAGUGUGCAUACACAGAACCAGCUGACAUGAAAGAAUAUUUUGAUACAAGAUUCAGUCUUGCCACAAAUUGU